AUGUACGCCGCUCAGAAUAUAACGCCAACAGUUUUGGAUGCCAUGAAUGGAAAUGUUUCCGAAUGGUAUAACGAAUGCGACAAUGCCAUUAGAAGGUCAGAAAUAGUUCCUGGAACUUACGAAUAUACAACUGCUGUUUCUUAUGGAAACGUAGGUGAGUUUGGAGAAGGUUCUUCAACAACAGUAGAUAUUGCUUGCGACAGGUUUCAUAUUAUUUCUAUUGACAACUCUUUCUUAUACGUGGAACAAGACAUUGAAAUAAAACCUUCUGCCAAGUUGUCUGACAAGAAAGGUUGCAAUGGAAUUUUCUAUGUCGGAUACCAAUAUGCUCCAGAAGUUUUCAUGGGAUAUAAGAUAUAUUCUAACUCUGACCUAGUCCAAACAGUAACAUGGGCAAACUAUGAAUGGUUCGCUUUGAGAAACUCAGUACAACCACAAGCUAGAGAACAAACAGACCAGUAUGCAACUAUUGAAAAAAUAAGAAGACUUGACCCUAACGUUCCAGGAGUUUAUGUUGACCUUUCUGGACAAAAUGCAGCAGCAGUAACCAAAGUAAAAUUGAAACUUAGAGUUCCUUUGUCAUCUUUCCUCAUCUUCAGGUUUUUAAGAUACUUGCCAAACUGGGCAGGAAAAAUUUCUAUCGAACUUACUCCAAGCAAAAAUAACUUAGUCAUUGCACCAACACAAGACCCAUUCACUCUUACAGAAGUAGUGGGAACAAAUAAAAUGUCAUUCGCCGACUUUUGCAAAAACAAAGUUGACUUAGACUUUGGUUUCUCAAACCUCAACACUGAAGUAAACUAUUAUUUCAAUGCUGCUGGAGAUGCUUGGGACCCAGUUAAGUUCACAUGCGAAAAAUUUGAAUGCAAGAGAAUAGAAAGCAGACUUGCAGUCUAUAUGUUGGACCCAGAUAUUUCAAAUGCUUUAGCUGCCAAAUAUAUUGCAGUUCCACUUAUGUUCCCUAUACACCAAAUAUCUGUCAAAGACUUUGCAGGUGAAGUUGGAAACCAAAGUGCUGACCCAGGUGCAAGAACAGAUAUUGCCUUAACUACUGCAAUGAAACAUGCAGAUACUAUGUUUGUACUGUUCAGACGAACUAUAAAUGACUAUUCUUGCUUCUACAACCCUGGUAUUAAAUACCAUAUAAACAUAGAUGGCAAAUAUUAUCCAAGAGAAGAAUAUUCUACAGUUGAGGAUAUGAGGUCAUACAACUUGACAUUAGAUGCUAUGAACUUUAACAACAACUUCACAACAACCAUUAACCCUGAAAUGCAAAGUUCUAUUAUGCCAUAUGUGAAAGUAUGGACUCAUACAGGAGGUCAAAAAACUCAAUAUACAA